AUGAACGUUAUUCACUCUGGCAGCUCAUGGCCACUUGCUUUUGGCCGCCCUCCUCAAGACCCAGACCUAGACCCAGACCCAGUGAUCGCCGCGUAUGAAACUUGGCUCCCGAGAUAUCGUUUAACGGCGGCGCCAUUAAGGCCGGCAGAGACGCAGUUAAGCAUUUUCAAACCCGUGUCCAUCGCGUAUGAGCCAUCAUCAUGGUGGUUGGAUGGCCAUUGCCCUGCACAUCCUCACUUCGAGAACGCUGGAAGGAUCCAGUUCUGGGUUAAGACCAUAAAGCAGCCGCUCCUCCGAUAUAUCAUCGAGGGCUGUGAGCUGCUCCUUGAGAGAGCAGGGAAUAAAGCACUCACCCGCUCUAUCGCUCAAAAUAACGCCCUCUGGAGAGCGGCCGUCUCUAUCCAUAAGUAUGGGGUUAUAUACCUAGCCACUCGCUCUGACUGCCGGGAAGAAUUUUUGAGAAUUGUGAAAUCGAAUCCCAAGCUAUUCGACGAGAUCGAUGUCUUCCUCUCGGCGGACCAGAAUGCCACUCGCGCCAUAAACUACGGCGUCCAUCGCCUCGUUAACAGUGGAACCCUCACGGUCAGCCAUGAGACGUAUCUAGUGCCUCCGAGGGCUAUAUCAAGCAUUGGAAUAAACCAUGUUGUCGUCCGUGCCAGCGACUUUGAAGGGGACAGCAUCUGUUUACUGGAUGAACCCUCCGCCGUGUGGGAUCUCCAUGACUUCGCCCAUCUUACUGCUGCAUCGCUGAGCCCAGAGCUAUUCGGUUCCAAGUACUUUUCGCAUCUCACAAAACUUCCGCGAAAGCUUACAGCAUUAAUACGGAGCCCCAAAAUGAAGACGGCAAACCCUUCACCACGUUGUUCGGAUGGGGUUAUUUUCAGCGAACUGUUAACUCCCCUGUUCGCGGCCGAAGUUGAGGCGGCCCGACGGGGAAGCAAAGCCCAUACCUACCUGUCCCUCACCGAGAUAUUGGCAAAUAAAUUGGCCGACUAUCUGAUGGGCAGAUGCAAGCUCCAGCAUCUCAGCAGCGGUAAAAUGUUGAGCAUGGAAGACGAGCCUAUCACAGCCGUACAAUUGGCCGUCCUGUUGCAGAAUAAAUCGUAUGAGCUGACAGCCAGCGAGAUAGAACAGCGAGUGCUUACAAGAGGAGGCCCGGUUGGAGAUACGAAUGAUGACCUGGAUAACCUGACUGGGGCCAAAAGGAUAGAGGCGCUUGCUCGAUGUCGAAGAUGGCGUUACUUUGAGGUGCGAAAUACUAUUAAACACCGCGCCCAUAAAUUGGCGUACAAAAAAGUGGCAGAGAGAAUGAUGGCAGACUGUACUCAAUCAGUGUCGGAUAAGGCUUUGCUGGAAUGCAUCCUAGAUGUCAUUGACUAUGCUAGCUGGGAGAAAGAUGGGGUUUGUAACCUGUGGCAGGUUGUCACUGAUGAAGAAGUCUCUGGUCGUUGUCCAUAG